AUGUCAACAGUUUUGACGGUGUCCUCACAUGUAGUACAUGGAUAUGUUGGGAACAAGGCCAUAAUAUUCCCUCUUCAAUGCACUCACUGGGAAGUUGAUAACAUUAACACCGUCAAUUUUUCCAAUCACACGGGUUACGGAAAGUUUAAAGGGGACAGCAUCACUCCCCAAUUGUUAACGAGAUUAUUAGACAACGUCCAGCCAUUCAAGUUCUUGAUCACAGGAUACAUUCCGAACAAGACUUUGAUCGAAACCCUACUGAAAUACCUUUCUCAAGCCCGAGAACCUCCUCAUUCUAAGCUACCAUUUGUUUUCUUGAUGGACCCAAUAUUGGGUGAUGAAGAUCAGCUUUAUGUAGAUCCAUCUUGUGUCAACAGCUUCAAGGACUUGCUUUAUCAGAAUUAUAUUGACAUCAUAACUCCAAACCAAUUCGAAUUGGAACUUUUGACGGAUGUCAAGAUAAAGACAGUUCCCAAUUUAGUGAGUGCCUUGAACAAGUUAAAAGUUCAAAAUAUCCAGUUUGUGAUUGUCACUAGCUGCAGAUUCUCGCCCGAAGAAAAGUUCCUAUACUGUGUGAUCUCGACCUCCUCCAAUUCGGACAUCAAAUACUUCAAAGUUCCUUUGAUUGAAUCAUAUUUUACCGGAGUGGGUGAUUUGUUCACCGGGUUGUUGAUCAAUAAGCUAUACGCAAACUACUAUUCCAAAGCAAAUUGUGAGCUUCUAGAUGACCUCGAGUGCUUAUCCAUAUCAGUGAACCAGGUGUUGACGACGAUGACGAAAAUCCUCAAAAGAACGAACGAAAUUGGUUUGAGGUCAGGAAGAACAGCAGAAAUGGGUAGUUUGAAUAUAGGGCCCUAUGAGUUGGAUUUGAUCAACUCACGAGAUUUGUUUGCUUGCAAAGACUGUGAAUUCGAAGAACAUACAUUGAUAAAUUCCUUCAUAUAG